AAAUUUUUGUAUAGAAGAUCAUUCUAUUCUAUUCUGUUUUAGAUUAAGAUCCUGGAACAAAAUCAAACCAAAGAAUGUUCCAUGGAUUAGAUCUAAACUAAGAAAUUAAUAAUGAAAAAGAAGAGCUUCAAUAAAUUUCUCAAAGUAUUUCAUUUAAUCCAUAGAAAGAAGUAUCAUCUAAAUGAAAAUGAAUUCGUUUCAGAAGAUCCUUAUGGAAUAUCUUCUAUUAGUCCAUUACCAAAAGGUAUAUUCAAUAAAGAAGGAUCUAUGGAAGGUGAUGAUGGUGAUGAUGAAGAUGAAGAUGAUGAUAACAAUGAAAUCUCAUCGAUUUUUUCUAUUCCAACACAAAGAAUGCAACAUAAUUCAUUGAAUUCACAUCAGAAUAAACAUGAUGUCAUUCAUUAUGUUCUAGGUGAUCCACAGACGAUGAUGCAUCAUUUAACAAAGAAGAUUAAACAAAAAAUACCACAAUUAUCUAAUAAAAAUAUAAUGGAUAGUACUAAAACAAAUAAAGUAUCUAUGGAGAAGUUGAAUAACUUGACGACGCCCCAACAGCAACAACAACAUACUACUACUACUACUGCUACUAGUAGUAGUAGUACUUGUACUAGUACUUCUUUGAAUGAGAAAUCAAUAACGAAACUAUCCAAAAAGGAAUUAAAACCAAAACACAAUGAUAAACAACAAAAAGAUAAAAUCUCAACGAAAACAAUCUCUUCAAUACACAAAUCCAAUAAAUCUCAUAAAGAGAUUGAUGAAGACAAAUUGAAACGAAAAAAGACGAAACAAUCGAAUAUACAUAAACAAAUAAUAAACAACGAAUUGAUUAAUAAAACAAUGACUAAAUCAAAUAAGAAUGAUCUAACUAUUCAAAGAGAACAUAAUACCAUUGAACUAUUAGAUCCAAUCCAUGAUCAAGACAAUACAAUGAAACAAACUGAUGAUCUAAUCAAUAAAGACUUAUCUAUUGAAACAAUUGAUACAUCAAUAAAGAAUGAUCUAAAUAUUCAUGAAGAACAAAAUACAAUUAAAAUAUUAAAUCCAAUCAAAUCGAUUGAAUCAAUUCAUUAUCCAAUAAAUAUUACCAUGGCAACAAUUGAUCAUAUAAAUAUUCCGUUAGAAACAAAAAAUCAAUAUAUAGGAAAUGAUUUUAAAGGUUUAAAACUAUUAAAUAAUAAUAUUCUUCAUUAUAUUGAUUUAAUAGAUAAUAAUCAUAAACAAAUAGAUUAUAUCAUAGAGAAAGAAAACAAAGAUAAGACAUUAGAAGGUAACCAUGACAACAAUCUAGAUCAUAAUGUCUAUCCAAUCACAAAAAAAGAGAAUGGAAUUCAAACCGAUCAAGAAUCUCAAGUUAUAUCAAUCUCUAAUGUAGAUCAUCCAAAAGAGAUCUCAUCUAAACAAAUUCAUCAUAUAGAAAAGAUAACAAGAGAUUAUCUUGAUAAUAAUUAUAAGAAUAAAUUAAGAACUAUUCAUAAUGAUCAGAAUAGAUCUAUUGAAGAGAAAGACUGUACGAAUUGUGGACCAUCAAAAGAUGAAUCAUCUAGUGAAACUUUCUCAUCAAAUCCAACUUAUUCAUCAAUAUAUCAUAAUGAUGAUAAAUGUAAAUCUAUACAAUGGUAUAAUAAUCAACCAUAUCAUGAUCAUGAUCAUCAUCAUCAUUCAAUGCAUCAUAACUGUAUGCUUAGGGAUUUGACAAAAUCUCCAGGAUUUUAUCCAUGUUAUUGUAAACAUGAUGAAUGGAAUAAUCCAUCAAAAAGAUUGAAUACAAAUCAAUUGAAACAUCAAUGUGCAUGUUACUAUGGCAACUCUUGUAAACAGGAUCAUUUCAAUAAAUAUCGAUAUUCAUAUCUUAAACGAUAUUUAUCUCCUCAAAGGAUAAGAUUAUUAAAGAAAGAAUUAAAGUAUAGAUUACCAAUUAGAGAUCAGCUUUGUUUGAAUCGAAAUGAUCAAAAUCAAUAUUGUCAAUGUAGUACAUCAUGUUUACCAUCUACAGAAUAUGAUACUUCUUCGAUGAAUUUGAAUCAGUUGACUCAUCAUAAUAUACCAUCCAAUUCAUUUAAUACAAUACAACAAUCAUCAUUCAUGAAUAACAUUGUUAAUCCUAUGAAUAUACCAUCAUGGUAUAGUUUCAAUGUACCAAUGAUGAUAACACAACCACGAUUUAUCAUAAGACAUAUUCCAGUACCAAUGAUUAUUCCACAAUGUUCUACUAGAACAAUUCAAUCAGUGAAUUCAUAUCCAUUAUCUACAAUCAAUCCAUAUGUUUAUCCGAAUGAUAUAACUUCCAAUAUGUCACAACCAAUACAUUAUGGUUUACCAUAUUAUCAAUAUACAUGAUAUGUAAAGUGAUCAUUAGUGAAAUAUACAUUCAACAGUUAUAUAGUUUAUACUUUUAUUAAAAGUGUUUCAUGCGAUACAUUGAUGGUGAUUGGAGGUAGUUAAUAGGAAUACCUGGAUAUUUG